UGAAGAGGGGGCGCGCGCAGCAAAGUGAGGUCGUUCCGGUUUUGGCACAGAUAUACCGUAGAGCGGGAAAUGAGGAUUCCUGUGGCAUAGUUUUUGGAAGAGUGUGUUUUUUUUUUGUUUUUCGGUUUCGCGGCUAGGAUUAUGGAGGACGAACUGAAUACCUGUAGCAGCAGAACAAGCAGUGGCAGCUCGAGCUCAAGCACGAGUUCCACCAGCGGUGAUAGUGAUAAAUGUUCCGAGUCCAGCAGUAGUAGCGGUUCCAGCAGUUCGAGCGAAAAGGAUAUUGAAAGUGAAACUGACAAGGAUAAUGAAGGCAACGGGGCGUCGACGGCGGCGUUGGUGGUGGGCAACAUUGUAAGGAACGGGGCUACGAAAGGGAAAUCUGGAACGGCCAGCAGUAGCAGUGGAAAUGAGGACGACAAGGAGGUCAAACCGGCGCUGGCGUUGAAAAUCAUCGAGGGGAAUGUAGGUCCGCUGACGGCGACGGUGAAAUUCAUCAACCCGUUCAAGAAUAACUGGAUCAACGCGGACCGGCUCAACGAGCUGCGCAAGAAGGUUCAGGAUGCGUCCAAGCACCACCGGGUCUUUCUGCUCCGGGGGUCCUUUCACACGGUACGACGUGCCCUCACCGAGCGCGGGUGGGUCGAAAAGUUGGACGGCUUCCGGGCGAGACCCCAGGCCAGUACCUCGUCCUCUGGGUUUAUCCUCGAAGAUCUGGUCCAACAGCUACCGGAACGGAAGCCCGGCGAGUCGCGAAAAAAUCACAUCGCCAAGUGCGAACGCAGUAUCAUGUCCCGAUUCCUCGAGCAUACCCCCAUCGAUCUGCUCUGGACGGCCCGUCGGGAGAAGACCGACUGGAUCGAGAUGACCAAGAACUCCUCCCUCAUAAUCAACCGCUUCAGCAAGGCACCCUUCACCACCAAGGAAGGUCUCUGCUCGGCUCUGCACGACUUUCAUUGGUUCUACGAAGAAGGCAUGUCCGAAACGUACUUCCCAAGGUGUUACAAUGUGUGGAACCCCGAGGAACUCAACGAAUUCAUCGACAACUUUCGUCUAACAGCCUCGAUGGGACUGCUCAAGUGGCUCGUUGACGUCCACACCAAAGAGGGCACCGAAGGAAUCCUCUCUGACGAGGGCAAAGUCCCCGGCAGUAGCAUCGCCUUCGCCCUGUCCCGCUGCAAAGAAUACCUCGACUACUGUCUUCACAACGACAUAGACAUCGAGGAAGAUAUCAAGAUCUGGGACCACGACUGGGACGUCUUCCUAACCCAUCACUAUCUCCUAACCCAUGAAAACGGUCGCAUUCAACUGCUCAAAGAGCAUGACACCGCACUCAUCGAGCAUUACGUGGCCGAUGCCAAGUCCGUGCUCGAGCAAAUCAAGUGCUAUUGGCCGCAGUACGCACUGGACGGAUUCCUCAAUAUCUGGAUCGUGAAGCCGGGCAACAAGUGCCGCGGCCGGGGGAUCCAUUUGAUGAACAACAUCAAGCAGAUCAUCGCGAUGGUUAAUCCGCCGAUUGUAAGCAAGACGCGAUAUGUGAUACAGAAGUACAUAGAGCGCCCGCUGAUCAUCCACAACACCAAGUUCGACAUCCGGCAGUGGUUCAUGAUAACGAGCGUCCAGCCGCUCAUCAUUUGGUUCUACAAAGAGAGCUACCUGCGCUUCAGCUCGCAGCAGUACAACCUGAUGAACUACCACGAGUCGGUCCACCUGACGAACCACGCGAUCCAGAAGAAGUAUCACAACGCCGUCCGGGACGAGCGCCUGCCGCACGAGAACAUGUGGGACUGCCACACGUUUCAGGCGUACCUGCGCCAGAUCGACAAGUACGAGAUGUGGUCCGAUCGGAUCUACCCGGGGAUGCAGAAGGCGGUCAUUGGCUCGCUGUUGGCAUGCCAGGACAACAUGGACCGGCGGCAGAACACGUUCGAGUUGUACGGGGCGGAUUUCAUGAUCACGGAGGACUUUUACCCGUGGCUGAUCGAGAUAAAUUCGAGCCCGGACCUGGCGCCGAGCACGAGCGUGACGGCGCGGUUGUGUCCGCAGUGCGUCGAGGAUACGAUCCGGGUUGUAAUCGACCGGCGGCACGACCCGAACGCCAACACCGGCUCGUUCGAGAUGAUCUACAAGCAGGUGAUUCCGAAGACGCCCGCCUACAUGGGGCUGAACCUGCAGCUGCGUGGCCACCGGAUCACGCCCAAGAGCGCGGUCAAGAAGGACCGGCUGCGGAUCCUCCCGGUGAAACCCGUCCAGAACGUGCUCCACGUGUCCCGACUGUCCGCUUCGGCUGUCCCGAAGCCAACGGCGAGCCCCGUCAUUAUGGACCUCAUCGAGUGCAUCCAGUUCGACACAUCGCGACCUGCAGGCCAGGACGACGAGGACGGCGGCCGCGGUCGGACGUCGUCGUCGCUGUACCGCAAGGCGGGCUACCAGCAGCAGCAGCAGCCGCGCCCCAACCUAAGGUACGACUUUGCCAAGAAAAAGUCCUACAUCAUCGCCAAGACGGACGAGUUCUUCCGGCGGGGUGGCGGCGGCGGCAACGGCGCGCGCUACCUGGCCGAACCCGAGUCGUACAUCGACAACAUCGAAGACUGGGAGCGCGCCACGACGCGGUUCUUCCACAGCAACUACGGCAACACGCUGAGCGCGCUCACGGUGACCAGCCGCAGCCAUCCGAAGCCGGAAGCGGCCGACGGUUGUGCCGAAACAAACAACACUGCCCCAAGUGACCAUCAGAACAACCCGACCUCCACCACCGGAUACGGUAGAUACAGCAAACUUAUGCCAAACGGAGUUGCUGGUGGUGGCGGCAAGGUCGGGCUCGCGUCGACGUUCAACAACUUUUACACGCUGGGGUUGAACCUGCGGAAGCAACCGGCGGGGACAUCCGGCUCCUCCCGGGGUAGCCCCAAGAAUCGGGCGAGCGCCUAUUACGCACAAUCAACCGAAGAUUUAGUGGAACUAGGGAAAACUAGCUAAAGUUUAUGUCUGUUAUAAAGUGUUAU